CAAUAACAAGGAUCCGAGGCUGAACCGCGAUUGCACGUCACGGUAUCGAAGUUAGGUACGGAAUACAAGGUGCAUUGAAAAAAAUUACGGAAGAGUUUAAGUCCUCGCUUUUAAGUCACUGCUCUCGACGACCUCUCCUGCGAAGCAACUCUACCGAGCUUCAACAAUUUACGUCGCAUAAAUAAAGACGGGAGGAAAUUAGCUAGCUCUUUGGUUUAUCUUCCUAUUAAUCCUAUUUGGGUCCUAUCCUCACCCAUCAUCCGAGCUAAUUGGUGCCGCCCCUCCUCCAGAGUCCAAACCUGUUUCUCGACCCUCAAAUCGUCACAUCCAACAAGAUGGUCCAAACGAGUACCGCAUUAACGAUAUCCGCCGCCACGGCCGCGACAGGUCUCCUAGCCUAUGCGAUCUACUUCGACUACCAACGUCGUGCAGACCCCAACUUCCGACGAAACUUGCGACGAGAAGAACGGCGACAAGCGCGCGCGGAGAAGGAAGAGGCCGUAUUGCAGACUAAGCAGAAGCGCAAAGACAUUCAGAGGGCCAUUGAUCAAGCUACGGAAGAGGGCUUCCCCACCGGUGUCAAUGAGAAGGAGCAAUUCUUCAUGGACCAUGUCCAGAAGGGCGAACUACUCGCUGCCGACCCAUCAAACACACUAGAAGCCGCACUAGCUUUCUACAAGGCUCUUAAGGUAUACCCGACUCCCGGUGACUUAAUCUCUAUCUAUGAUAAGACCGUCGACAAGCGUGUACUAGACGUCCUAGCCGAAAUGAUCGCAUACGACAAGAACCUCGACCUGGGCGGCGGCAUCAACCUCUCCGAUCUGCCCAGCGCCGGUCUGGACUAGGAUUCCGUCUUUAGGCUUCAGCACCCUAGACCCCCACUCGUCUCUGUCCUCAAGCAAUUAUAUAAAAACGGCUUGGCUUUUCUCCCUGAUCCUGAUGCUGAAGAUGAAGUUUAUUAAAAUAAUAAUAAAACAACACCGUCCGCCUACGAGAGAGCCCUGCGCAUCGGAUUUAAAAAAAGACGACCCAGGUACUAACUAUACACAAACACACAAACACACACAUGGAUACCUUGUAUGAUAUAUGAUCCGGCGCGGCCGGCUAGGUGGCUGCUGGCCGUAGGCUGCCGGUUAUUCCGCUUUAGAAUAAGGGUGGCUACGCUGUACAUUUUCAUGAUAAUGUCUGGUGGCCGGUAUAGACAAAUUAUGGAUCAUGACUCUU